ACUAUAGAACUAGCUUCUUAUAUUUGUUAAACUUUGUUUUUAAACGUUUUAUCCAAAAAAAUGAUAUUUUCUUGUUUGUUGUUUGCGUGAAAGCAAUAGAGGUUUUAAUAAAUAUAAACAUGGCUAAAAGAAAAGCAGCCGUCAAUGAUAUAAUAUUCGAAUUAGACAACGAUGACAUAGUUAUAAGCAGCGAUGAAGAAAGUAAGGUAUCUAAAAUGGGACGUUUUGAUGGAGAAAACAGUCAAAACCUCCUAAAGAAGAAGCUGAAUAAAGAAGAAAUAGUUUCUGAUGUUAUUAAUUUAGACAGUCCUAAUGAACCUGAACGAAAUAUUCCAUCAACAAAGAAAACUGAGAAUGGAGGGAAAAACAAAACCGAGGUAACCUCCAAACAAAACAAUUCAAAACAAAAUGACAUAUCUCAAAAUAAUGAAGUGAUUGAUAUUACUGAAGAAAACAAGAAAAGCUGUACUAGUACCAUUAUAUUAAAUGAAGACAUAGUGAUUGAUUCUCCAUCUUCAAAUAUAGACCUUGGUGUUGUAGGAUGCGAGAACAAAGCUCCAUUGGUAUCAAUACGAUUUAAUGACAGUCUUACGGCACGUAAUUAUAAAAAAAUAAUAAAGGAAUUUAUUGUUAAUCUUUUAAAAUCAAAAAAUACUAUUGACACUGACUCAGAGACUGAUAAUGACCUUGAAAUAUGGCCGGAAGACAUAGUUGACGAAGAAUUUAAUUCAAAAGAAAAUCCUGUUGAGGAUAAUCUUUUCUUCGUUGAUACCACGCCUUGUAAUGAAGGAAACAAAGAUAUACCUUUAUAUAAAGCCACUAAAAUAAUUUCCAAUGACACCGAAAAAGAAACUAUGUCACAACCCAUCAAACGAGCUUUCUCUUGUUUCAAUUGUGGGGAUUCACAUCUUCUAAGAGACUGUCCCUUGCCACGAAAUAAUUCUAAGAUAAAUGAAAAACGAAAAGCUUUUACUCCUAAAGGCCGUUAUCAUGUUGAAAAUGAGCAAAAAUAUGGUCACUUGAUACCAGGGCGUAUAUCUGCAGAUUUGCGUCAUGCUCUGGGCUUAAAGCGUUAUGAGUUACCGCUGCACAUAUACCGUAUGAGAUUACUUGGUUAUCCUCCGGGAUGGUUAGAGGAUGCUAGGAUAUCACAUUCAGGGAUUACUCUGUUUGAUUCAACUGGCCGAGCCACACUAGGUCCUGACGAUGAAGAGGGGGAAUUGUAUGAGCCAGGGUCAAAGGAUAAAUUUGAUAUUAAAAAGAUAUUGGACUUCCCGGGUUUUAAUGUUGCUGCGAGCUCAAGAUACAUUGAGGAAGCACAUUUGUUUGGACUCCCUCCUAUGUCGGAGCAAGACAGCAAGAUAGCUAUGUUAAAAAUACUGGCUCCAAACGCUAUGAAGGCGUACAAACGGAAGAAGUUAUCAUUCUUCCCGUCAGCUCUGACAAGCUCUACCCAAGAAGAGCAGGUUGAAAUGGAACUUGAUAGUGGCGAUGAAGUGGCAGACUUUCCUCUGAUACCACCUCUGCCGGAUGAUGAACCUCCCGCACCACCUCCGCCACCACCACCACAACCACAAGAUACCAGACAACAAGAAGACCAGUCCAGACAAAGCAUAGAAACCACCAAACCAAAUGAAUCAAAUGAUAAAAACCAAAUUAAUGAUGAGAAACUUUCGGAAACGGAUGUAGACAAAACAGAGUCGGCUCCUGCAAACAAUGACUGUGACAAGUCCAAUGACCUUGAAGUGAUUGAGGUAGUAAGAGUGAAUGAUAUUCCAAUACCAGAAGACGAUCUGAUUGUCAUUGACGAUGACGACAAAUCAUCACUCAGCAGUGACAGAAAUAGCCCGAGUCUGGCUGACUUAGAAAAACGGAAGCAAAAGCUCUUGGAUGCUCUCAAAGGAGAUUCAAUUUCUAUGACAGAGGUCUCAGUUGAGAGUAUCGAUACGUAUGACACGAGCGAGGAAAAAAACAGUGAAGUGAACAAGUGUGAAGUUGAUAAUAUAACACUCUCCACAGAAGACAGUAGCUGUGACGGAGUGCAGAACAAAACGCUUAAGGAAGAAAGUGCAACAGACUCGGACCAAGUACCCUCGACCACUAAGACGGGUCAGAUAAAAAAUACCCAUUAUGGCACACCCGUGAUAAACGUCGCGUCGCCGUAUCACAAACUGCCCAGUGACGUUAAUUUCGCUAAGGACAUAUGUGACGUCAUAAACUUUGAGAAUCUACCAAAUUCAGUUGGCAAAUACAAAAAAAUAUGCACAUUGCUCAAGAAGGUUAAAUCGGAAGUGGAUAGGAUACAGGAAUCGUGAUUAAAUACACACCUCUAGAGGUGUUGAACGGACUGCAUUUUUCUACAUUCUGACUGUAGGGCCAAUACAUUUCACUGUAUAAGUAAUAAACUAAGUUACCUUUUUCAAGUUCACUUCCAACUGUUGUAUCCAUUAUUCAUAUUUCUUAUCGUUUCUUUAUUUCAAUAUCAAACCAAUCUGCAAGUUUUCAUUAAUAUAGGUGACGAUCUAAAAAAAUUUACUUUUACUCACAAUUUUUUUUUAAACGUCAGUGUCUUAAAAUCUAAAGCAUAUCAUAUAUAUUUGUAAUGACGACAAGGGAGAAUAAAUCAAACAGCAAUAAGUGUCACAUUUAUAAUUUAUUCUUGCAUAUAUUACAAUCUCAAAUAGUGGUAGAGCGGUUAAAAUUAAUGUGAAAGACAAAAUAAAAACUGUGUACUCAAAAAAAAAACCCAAAACCCAAGAGAAAACCGGGGAAACCUAAUACUAGUGGAAUAGACAAGCUUGGCUCGAACUUGCCAGUUACAUAUA